UGACAUUGCCGAGUAAAGAUGGCGAGGAGUGGUUGCGUACGGCUUGUGCUCCUCGGAGUUCUCUGUGUUUUUUCCUUGGAACUAUGCAACGGCGCGGCGACGGACAUCGAGUUGGACGCCAAGGCGCAGCUGUUACAUCGGCUCGACAGCCUGAAUCUCCUUCUUUAUACCAUCCUAUUGAUUUUAACCGUUUUAACGAUAUGGAUGUUCAAGCAUCGGCGCUUGAGGUUCCUCCAUGAAACUGGCUUAGCUGUCAUCUACGGAUUGAUCAUAGGUGCGAUAAUACGCUAUGGCUUUACGACAAGCAGUACCAUCCUACACAUGCCAGUGGUACCAGAUAACACCAGCAAGUAUAAUCAGUCGGUGCCGCCCGAUACUCUGUGGUUACGCUUCCCCGAGGAUAAGGGCGGUGGUAUCGUGAAGAACAAGACCUUCGCGUACUCGUUUCGCAGUGAAAUCUACAAGCAAGAUAACGAGAUCGACUUGAAGGCGACUUUUGAUCCUGAAAUAUUCUUCAAUAUUAUACUGCCGCCCAUAAUUUUCCACGCGGGAUAUAGCCUGAAGCGUAGAUACUUUUUCAGAAAUCUGGGCGCGAUUCUCAUGUACGCCUUAAUAGGGACUUCCAUAUCAGCUUUCAUUAUUGGCGCUCUGAUGUACGCCUUUAUACAACUGAUACCGCAUCUUUCCACGUCCUUCACGUUUUUGGACACCCUGUACUUCGGCGCUCUCAUAUCGCCCACGGAUCCGCUCACGAUAAUAUCGAUUUUCAACGAUCUACACGUGGACGUUAAUCUGUACGCUCUAGUGUUCGGUGAGAGUGUGCUCAACGACGCGGUUGCCAUUGUACUUAGCGGUUCAAUACAGAACUACGCGGAACGAUACCAGUCAGGAUCGGGUGGUUUCGAGACGGUGGCAUUCUUCCAAGCCUUCGGAGACUUCGUGGGAAUAUUCAGUCUGUCUCUCUUUAUCGGUGCCACCAUGGGGUGCAUCACUGCGUUAUUAACGAAGUUCACCAGAGUGCGAGACUUUCCUCUCUUGGAGUCGGCGCUAUUUGUCUUAAUGUCCUAUAGCACAUUCUUAAUCGCCGAAGCUUCCGAUCUUACAGGCGUAGUCGCCGUUCUAUUUUGCGGGAUAUGCCAGGCCCAUUACACGUACAACAACCUGAGCCCGGACUCCCGCCAGCGCACGAAACAGCUGUUCGAGCUGCUGAACUUCCUAGCCGAGAACUUCAUAUUCAGUUACAUCGGCGUCUCGAUGUUCACUUUCCCAAAGCACCAUUUCGAUCCUGGUUUUAUUUUCGCUGGAUUUCUGUGCGCGUUACUGGGUCGCGCGGCUAACGUUUAUCCACUGUCCUUCAUUCUGAAUCUGGCGCGGAAGCCGAAGAUAUCAAUGAAUUAUCAGCACAUGCUAUUUUUCGCGGGGCUGCGCGGUGCCAUGAGCUUCGCCCUCGCCAUCAGGAACACCGUGUCAGAUGCUAGACAGGCUAUGCUGACGACGACGAGCUUGAUCGUCAUACUGACGGUUAUCUUCCAAGGCGGCGCGACGACGCAAUUUUUAAGUUGGUUUAAUAUCCCAGUCGGAGUAGAUGAGGAGAUAGAAGGACUGUCUCACAACGGAACGCGUAGUUCUGGUGGCGAGGGUGGCUACGGCGAUCUGGACGCGCGUAGGGAGAGAAGUCCACCGGAUGGAUCGUUGCCAGGCGGCGGCGGCGGCGGCGGUGGCGGCGGCGGCGGAGGAGUCGGCGUCGCGAAGCCUAACGAGAAGGCACUGCUUGCCAGAAUCUGGGGUGAUUUUGAUACCAAAUACAUGAAGCCUUUACUGACGCACUCCAGGCCUACGUUGCUGGAAACGCUGCCGGUCUGCUGCAGUCCGUUAGCGAGAAUUCUCACGACGACGCAACAGAUGACGCAGGACGACGUCGCGAGGAAAAUCGAUUCGGACUCCGACUUCUGCCUGGAAGAUCGCGAGAUGGAACGACGUAGGACCAGCGUUCAGCCGGUGAGUUUUCAUCAGCCUAAUCUUAAUUACACUGUUAACCCGUGCUAUCAGCCUAACAACAGCACUACAGACGUCAGCACUAAUCCGGACGAGCCUUAUGUAAUUCUUAAUUUACACAGAAGGUAGAACUAACAGCCUAACACACCACCUCUUGUGUAUCGAAAUUCUUCUAAGAGAGAGAAAGGGAGAGAAAGAGGGAAAGCAAGAGAGAGAGAGAGAAAAAAAGAGAGAAAGAUAAUGCAUAUUUUGUAUUUAGUUCAUUCUCAUGUAACUUACAUGCUUCACACGUGUUUGAUUGUUAUCCAGAUUCACUAAAAAUUCCACAUCUUUUUAGUUUUACAUUAAAACAACAAGCGAUAUUACGCCCCAUUCGCGUUUAUCGUGACUCAAAAAAGUUACUUUUUUCUCAACAACGUUCGAUAUUAUUUGUCUCUUUUUCUUUCUUCCGUUGUUUUUUCUUUUUUUAUAUAUUAAACCGCGAGCUUGAAUGUCUACUGCAUGUAAAACUAAUUUUAUCUGAAUGAUGUAAUUUCUCUCGUUUCCGACUUCCGAGUUGAUCUCUUAAAUGGCAACAAGGAUAGAAGCAAUCGAGGAUUCGGCUGCGAUAACGGGGGGACGUAUCAAAAACCAAUAUUGUUGGAAAACUCCCAAGUAUAUAAAUAGUUUCGACGGAGGCAUUCCGAGGCUUAGUAAAAUUUAGCGAUAAGCGAUAAAACUGCAGCCAAGCAAUGUUACAUAAAUAUUUAUAACGAUCAUAGCGAUAACGCGUCUCCUCGAGCUCGAAGUUUCGAGUUUGCCCUGUUAUCGCGCCCGAUUCCUCGAUUCCGAGGAUGAACAUUGUAAAUAUACCGUGGAUUUUUAACCAACCCGCUUGCCUAAAGAUAAGAGGAAUGUAUGUGUGUAUCGCUGUUUAUUGACGCAAACCGACUUCUCUCCGCUCUGUUCUGAUCUUCCUACUAACAUCGUGUGAGUCGAAACAUACUUGUAAAAUAACAACGAUCGCCGUCGCGCGUUCAUGAUACUCCAAGCUGCGCAUCCUUUUCCGUUGAACCGAUCUAACAAUCGCACAGCGCAGACAAUUAUUCUAGUCAGUGAUCGCCCACGCGACGGACACAUAAACGGAAUUAACGAAUAGAUAAAGGAUGUAACAAGGAUAAAAAAGAAAUCGUAGCGUGUGGCGCGCGUUUAUAUUAUAAUAUACGAUGACUUGUGAAUAUUCGAUCGGAAAAUUAUGUUUAAUGUACAGCAGAGGUAUUUAAAGCUUCCGCAGUCUCUCUGUAUUUGCGCUUGUACCUUUUUCCUACUUCUGCAGCGAAGGCUGAAUAGUCAGACACACUUGCGGAGCGCACGUUUGACCGCACGUUUUUUUAACCGGUUUUUCUAGAGAGAGAGAAACGGUGACGGUGACAAUGACAAUGAUGAUGACGAUGAUGAUGAUUAUUCCGAUUCCGAUUCCGAUGACGAAGACCUCAGAAUCGUCGGAAUGGAGGGAUCCAUUCCGUUACGAACGUUGUAGCUGGAUAAACGAUCGACGAAACGGUCCACGUGAUAGACCUGUGUGGCAAAAGACAGAUUCCUUGAGUAAUCGCGGGGAUAGGUGUCGAAUUUUACGAAAGUAUUAACAUCCACGAGUAGCGUUGAUGCGGACAGCAGAGAGGAUUCUCAAGUGCCACUUUUUAUCUUUUUUUUUUUACUUUUUAUAUUUCUGUCUCAAGAAUUGUAUGCGCAGGGUGUUGGAAAAAGUGGGAUUCGAACGGCGGGCGCGGCGCUUGCUGUACUGAAUGAAAGAAUUUUUGCCCGCAGUUUCUACUGAUCGAGAGAGAGAGAGAGAAGCAGCAUUUCUUUUAAUCCAGUUUAAUGAGCGCUACGUACCCUCCGGGCUUCCGAACCCCCUUUCUUCAACGUCGGUCGGUCGAUUUGCCAAACUCUCCGCGACCGACUCAAGCGACCGAGCAUUAAACAUAAUUUUCAGUGUUCAUAAUUCUAAAAAGCUUGAAACUAUAGCGUCUAGCAAUAUCGAGACGACAAAGAAGAGAGUUAGGCUGUUGCUGCUGUGAUCUUUAAUUCCUUCCUUUGCCGCGAGAUUGGUUCUCAUGCUCUGUAUAAAAUUAUGUUUAUUUAUUCACACGGUGAGUCAAAGAGGCCCAUCCGUCCCGUCUUUUUAUAAAACAACUUUGUCUGAAAAAGAGAAACGUAUAUUAUAAGACGUGUCGAUCUCUCAUGUUUUCUAUUAUCGGUGAAUAAAUUGAAUACAUGCAGUUAUACCAUCGUUUUCUCUUUCACGCGAAAUUGUUCUAAAAAGACAAAAAUGCAUGAAGGGUCGCGAGUAUCUCUUUUACUCACUGUGCCUCCCGUUGACUUUGAUUUCCUCGUUUUGCAUGCAACCGAAAGAGCGCUGGCAUUAAUUAAGAUCUCGCAAUAUCGCGCUCGCCGCCAACAUACUUAUGCGUCUAAUAUCUCUGCAUGCUGCAAUGUAACUACUUCACAUGUACCUAUUUACUUACUUUUACGUUGUUCUCAUUUUAGUUGUACAUUGUUUUAUUUUAUUUAUUCACAGACGAGUGUACGGAGCUCUGCACGUAGAUCGCAGUUAUGAAACACGAUUUUUGGCGGUUUACCUUUAUUUUAUACACGACCGAUUGUGUACACACAUACUAUGUUUGCUGUGUCGAUGAUGUCAGUGUACACACAUACAACACAUACACACACACACCUCUAUAGUUAAGUAUUAAAUUAUUAAACAUUAGUUAAGCGUAAGAUAUUUUCCGGAAAAUUAUAGAGUUUUAAUGAUUAACAUUAUCGAAGUGGAGUUUACCAGACAUUUAAUUUUUCUAACACAUUCCCGUCAAGGGAAUAUCGCUGGUGACGAUACCACAGGCUCACACACUUACAUUUGUACUAACAUAUAUAUAUAUAUAUAUAUAUAUAAACUAUUAUUAUAAUUAUAAUUCGAUAAGGAAGUCAAUGCGACAAAUGCAAUGUAGUUUAGGCAUGAUACUUCAGGCAACGAAACCACAAUCUUCGGUUGGUCGAUUGCUGUCGUUAUCUUUUCUUUUUCCUUUGGACAAUAAACGAAACUCAGUAUUAGUACCUAUAAUGGACUAAACAAAAAAAAAGAUAUUAAACUAGAAGAUCUAUAAGAGCAUGCAAUACAGUACGCUCUCUUUGCUAGAAAAUCAGCAUCUCUCGUGGAUCUUUGCGUACAAUAAAACAAUAUUAAUGGCAAGGAAAGUUUUAUUUUCAAUUUGGUUUACUCGCUUUGCAAAUUAGUUUUAUUUUGGAAUCGAGUCGGCUCGAGGUAGAUUUCACGUCUGCCGUAAUGACGCAAUCGUUGAACCGCUUUCUGUCCUCUGUAAAUAAUCUCGAUCCAAGUCGAUGUACGAACACGGAGAAUGUUACGCUGUUGAAUGUGGUCGAUAUGUCUCGCUCGUCGUACGACAUAUUCACGCGGGUGGAGUGAUUUCAAGUCGAUUCUUGAUGCAUGUUUAAUACUUUGUGGGACAGUUGGGGACUGUGAUGAUGGGAGAAGUUAGUCCGGGACCACUACCACUGCACACACGAGUCGCCCUGCCAGGUCUGGUCGGUAGACACUUGUAGAACCGUUCUAAUAGCCAUCUCGUUCGUUCCGUUUUACCUCUCGCUUUGCUCUCGCGCGAUUUUCAUCGAACGACCAGUUCAAAAUCGGCCACGCGGUGACUCGAUAAUAAUACGUAACGGUGAGAGUAAUUUAAUCGUUAAGAUUUAUAAGAAACCUUCAGUCUUGCGUAUUAAUUGUCGUCAUUAUGUCGUAAAUUAUAAUAAUGAUUAAAGUACAUUUUUCAUCAGAAUGGCAAAUGAAAGAGAGUUACAGUGCGCUGCCGAUUUUGACAAUAAGCCUUUCUUCAUGGGUGAUUGCACUCGCAACAGGUGAAUACACUGGUCGAAGAAAGCUCGCGAUAUCUCGUCAGUCAUCAGGGCUUUCAAGAAGCUAGUCGUGCUUCCUGCGAUCAUUAAUACACGCCGGAAUCGGAAAGAGGAGCACAUGUUUAAUCGUGAAAGAUUUCCGCUACUAUGUGUGUGUGUGUAUAUUACGAGUUUAUUGGUUUCGCUAGGUUUGUAGGUAGAUUAAAUUUUUGAUAACACUGUUAAUUAGUUCUUCUCGCAAGCUUUAAUUCUAGUGUUCAGUACUGGUGAGGUCCUGAUACAUACAUAUACAUAUACGCAGUAGCUAACACGUCGGUGAAACGAAGAUAUACAUAAUUAUAUAUAUGUUAUAGCGCAAAAAUCGAGUUGUAUCUAAUCGAUAUCCAUUGUGCGUCUGAAUAUAACGAUGAUUAAAGAGAACGAUAGAGUUCGACGAAAGCUGACUUAGCUCGUUAGAAAUACGUAAUAGGAAUCCGAAAGAGUUUAACGUAGAUUCGUUUGCCAACGUUUUUGCGCACGAUUUUAUUAUAUUAUUCGAGGAGAGUGUCUCGUGUUGUUUCGAGAAGCUAAGUAAGCAUAAACGAAUCUUUCGUCUCUCUCUCAUAGAACUUACUUAAUUUAGAUACCUGGAGCAGUCGGCGAAUUGAUUUCGUCGCUCUGUACAAAGUAUCCUUAAGUACUACUUACGGAGUGCGGGGCACUCGCUUUUACAAUUUGCAUUGUGAUGCUUUAAGAUCCACGGUCCCUAUUAUCUCUUUUGUAGUCGCACCGCGAUCGCGAUGUGUCACCAGCGAAAACUCACGUGACAUUUUCUUGCUUCGUACGUCGCGAAAAUUAAUUUAUUUCGACGUAUGAUGCAAGGAGAAAGGUUCACUCUUCAUUUUUAACAUUACGAUUCAAAGCGAUUAAAAUGGGUGACCAGGGGUCUUAUGUAAAUCGUGCAUUCUGCAUGAAGUUACGACAAUGUACAAGACAGAUUUGUUCCUCGAUUUAAUUUAUACUCUCGAAAAAAAAUAUAUAUAUAUAUGUAUAUAUAUAUAUUUAUCAGCUUUUUGGCAUCGAUAUAUUUCGAUUGUAUGGUAGAGUAAAGUAUGGUAGACGUUGUACUCCCUCAUCUCCCUCCCCCCCCCCAAAAAAGAAAAGAAAAGGAGUUCUACCGAUUAUUAAAUAUUUCGUGAAUAAGAAUGUCGAACGAAGGUGCGAGAGGAUUCUUAAUUUAGUCGUUGGCUGUGAAGAUUUGAUAAAAUUGUUUGCGGACGUAGGGCGUAGAUGUUAGCAGAGCGAAUCCUUACAGAAUGGGAGGCUGUCUAAAUAAAUAUAGCAUUAUAUUUAUCAGAAUUCAUCGGUUUGCGAAAAUACAAUUUUUCAAGGAGUAAGCACGUGUAUUGUCGUGAAAGACAAGAUUGCUUUAAGAUUUUGUUUGUUGCCGCGAACAAAGUCACGGUGUAAGCGUGAGAACGUAUUGCUCCUACGUAUAAACAUAUAUGUUUGUGAAUCCGGUGUAACGUGUAAUAAUUGCAAUGUAUACAUACAAUGAGUAUAAUAAUGUUGUGAUACCAUGUACCACACUUUGCAAUGUUUAAUAAAGUAUUUGUAAAAA